UGUCUGAAUCCAUAGAGAGGGCCCCCCACAACAACCAAGUCACUGGAACUUUACAGCCACCUAAACCAUACAUUGAACUGAUAGAUCUGUGUCCUAUCUCCCAAUUUGUUCAUACUCUAUUGUUUUUUCUUGUGCUUCAACUCAAACUCAAAUUCAAUUAUUCAAAAAGUCAUUGUUACAACUGUUCAAAAUCAACGUGCACCCCAUUCCAAUUCUUAAUUUUUUCUCUUUGAUUUUUCUAUUGUAGUUUUCUGCUCUUGUUUGACCAGUUAUCUGUUUGCACUUUUGUGCUUACCUCUUCCUCUUCCACCUCAUUUUUUCACACAAAUUGGACACAGUGUCAGCUGAAAAGGAAAAAGUUAAUCUCUUGAUUACUUAUUUACCUUGGAGAAUGAGAAAAGCUGAUUCAUUAAUUUGAAAUAAGGUAAUUUGGAGAUGAGUGGUAGUUGAAAGACUUGGCUAAAAGUCCUUCCAGAUAGACUUUCCAGGAAAAGAACUGCUGCUAAUUUCUGAACCAAGGGGUCAAAAAAAUACAGAAUAGCCAUGGAUGAAUUUUAUGCCGGAGAUGCUGUUUUAGAAAAACUCUAUUCACUCAAGGAAUUCUCAAAUAAACAAGAACUCGAGAUAUCCCUUCAAGCGUUAACAGAAAUAGAUCAUCGGUUAGCCUAUUUUUCUGAGAAGCUAGUGAAUUUGCAUGUUCUCUAUAUUCAUCUGUUGGCCCGAGAAAAUGAUCUUGAAGAAAUGGACUCGAAGGAUACCUGCAAUUUAGAUAUCUUGUUUGAGAAGGCAAUGGCAUUUGAUCUAUUGUCUGGUAUUUUAGAUUCCGAGGUAAGAGAGCUCGACAAUUUCAUGGACACUCUACAUGAAGAAAUUGUUGACGCUCAUAGUAAAAUAUUGUCGUGCAGACAUUUGACCGAGGUUUUCUUUAUUAUGGAUGAAAAACUGCAAGAUUUCAAAGAGUCUGCUAAGCAAGUCCAACAGCAGUUAUUAGAGUUAAAGAUUCAGGCGCCGCAGCUACAGAAAAGUCUUGCUGCAUUUCAAGAUGAGAAUUCGAAUAUGGGGAAGGCAUUGAGUUUAUCAGAAAACGGUCAACUGUUAGAUAUGAAAGUGAAAUCGAACGAUCAGAUGGCAAAAGAACGAAGAUAUAUUCUGCGAAUGCUUGAGAAGUCGCUUGCAAGGGAGCUAGAUCUUGAAAAGAAGUUAGCAGAUUCAAGAAAUAAUGAAGAACUAAAGAUGAAACUCCGCUACACGGAGCAAGUGGCGUUUUAUAUGGAAGAAACAGCAGAAGUUGUUUGGGGAAGAUUCCUCGAGGCAGACAAUGCGACAGAGGUGUUAAUGGGAAUUUCCAAAGGUAUAAUGGGACGUCUCCAAGUAACCGAGUUCAACCUCAACAGUUCUAUUCAACGAGAAAACGAGCUGAAAUCGAAAGUUCAAAGUUUAAUCGAAGAACUGAAGGUUAAAGAUGUUGCUAUAGAAAAUCACGAGAAAUGUAGUGCUAAUGUAAUUGUCGACAACAUUCAAGAAAAUUCUGAGACGAUGGCUUUGAGGGAAAAGGUGAAAAUUCUUGAAGAAGGACGGAAGGAUUACGAGGUUCAGAUUCAUUCAUUGACCGAAGAGAAUGAACAACUUCACGAACAAUUUAUUGAAAUAGAAAAUUUUGCUGAAUCUCUAAAAGAAAGCAUUGACAUAGCAGAAAGUCGAGCCGAGAAUGCUGAAGAAAAAGUCACGCAGUUAACCGAAACAAACAUGGAACUUACCGAAGAGCUAGAUUUUCUAAAAGGGAGUGCUAGUACAGCUGCGAAAAAAAUCGGUUUACUUGAGAAGCAAGUAAGGGAAUUAGAUAUCCAACUACAGAAUGCAAAAGCAUCUUCCGAAGCUAGUCAAGAACAGCAGAAUAUGUUAUACAAAGCAAUAUGGGAUAUGGAAAUAUUAAUUGAAGAUCUCAACUCUAAGGUUUCAAAAGCUGAAAGUAAUAAAGAUAAUGCAGAAGAAAGAUGCAUUGUGCUAUCUGAAACAAACAUAGAGCUUCAUGAAGAGUUGGAUCUUCUCAAGUCCAGAAUGGUUAGUCUGAAAACAUCUUUGGAUCAAGCUAGCAAUACGAAAUUAACGAGUAUAAAAGAAGUUGAUACCAGAACCAAGUUAAUCAUGGAUAUGGUAAUUCAACUAGCUGCUGAACGAGAGCGCAUCAAUAAACAGUUAGGUUGUUUAAAACAGGAAAAUAAAAGUUUGGUUGGAAAGUUAAAGGAGACUCAAAUUGGUGCAUGCAACAAUGGACAAAAUAAUAGAACCUUUCAGGUGGGUGAACAAUCAGAAAAGGCAAACUCGGAAACUCGAGCGACGUCUGUUUCAGCAAAUAAGCUUGCAAUUUUUCUCCUUGUGAUUUCUGUGUUAGUCUUCUGCUUGUUGGAUGAAAACAUGUAUUCUUUUCUCAAAAGGUGUUUACGGCUAAAGUUCUGAUGACAUAGCUGAUUUUUGUGUGUUUGUACUUUGUGCAGUUUUGCUUCUCUUUACUCCUUUAGGUUAUUGAUUGUAUAUUUGAAUAUUGGUGUAAUUUAUGUGAUGUUAGAGUAGCAAUUGUAACAACCUAAAUCCCUAAUCCCCAACAUACAAGGUUUCAUAA